AUGUUCAGAAAAUUAAUUCAAAGGUUUCCCAGAAAUUACUUUUCAACUUCUAAAAGAAGCAUCAAUGAAAUUCCCUCUUUAUCUGAAUUCAUGAAGUAGUAAGACCCUUAAGUCAAUAACACUAAUAAUGGGCCUAAAUUUUUUAUUGAAACAUAUGGGUGUUAAAUGAAUGCAAAUGAUUCUUAAAUUGUGUAAUCAAUUUUAUCAAGUGAGGGGUAUUCUAAUACAAACGACAUCUCUGAAGCUGAUAUCAUAUUCUUAAAUACUUGUUCAAUAAGAGCAAAUGCUGAGAAAAAAGUGUUUCAAAGAAUGUCAGAAUUAAAAUCUUAAAAUAAAGUUUUAGGCAUUUUAGGAUGUAUGGCAGAAAGACUUAAAGAACAGUUAUUCGUCUAAGGAGCAAACAUUAUUGUAGGCCCAGAUAGUUAUAAAUCCCUACCUACACUGUUAAACUCUUUUCAAUUAACAAGAGAUAAAUAAAUUGACACAAAUCUUUCAUUAACAGAAACUUACGACGAUAUUCUUCCAAUUAAUCCUACUGAUAGCAUCACAACAUAUGUUUCUAUAAUGAGAGGAUGCAAUAAUAUGUGUUCAUUUUGUGUUGUUCCUUUCACAAGAGGAAGAGAAAGGAGCAGAAAUCCUGAAAGUAUUUUAGAAGAAAUACAAAUUUUAACCUAAAAAGGAAUAAAGGAAGUCACUCUCCUUGGUUAAAAUGUAAAUAGUUACUUUUUUCAAGAUGAAAAAAUAUCAAGUUAACAUGAAAACACAGUUGGCUUUACAGAACUAUAUAAAUUGAGAUCUGGAAAUGGCUUAAGAUUUGAUUAACUCUUGGAUGAAAUUGCAGUUAAAUUUCCAAAAACGAGAAUUAGAUUUACUUCACCUCAUCCAAAGAAUUUUCCAAAGAAAGUUUUAGAAGUAAUUGCAAAACACCCAAAUAUUUGCAAGAAUAUCCACAUACCUAUACAAUCAGGUUCAGAUGAAAUAUUGAAAAAAAUGAGAAGAAAUUACACAAGAGGGGCAAUUGUGGAUUUAUGUAAUGAAGCAAGAACAUUAAUUCCUAAUGUAACCUUGUCAACCGAUGUAAUUGUUGGUUUUUGUGAUGAGACUGAGUACGAUUUUGAAUAAACAUUAAGUUUGUUAUAACUUGUUUAAUUUGAAAAUGCGUUUAUGUUUGCUUAUUCGAUGAGGGAAAAAACACACGCGUAUAGAAACUUAUAAGAUAAUGUACCUGAAAGUGUCAAAUCAAGUCGUCUUGAAAAGCUGAUUGAACAAUAACACAAAAUAAUGAAUUAUAAGAAUUCACUUGAGAUUGGAAAGAAACAUAUCGUUUUAGUUGAAUAAUUAGGGAAUAAACCUAAUCAACUCAAAGGUCGAACAGAUUCCAACAAAGGUGUCGUAUUCCAGAAUGAUAAUAAUAUCUAUGCUAUUGGAGAUUUUGUCGAAGUUGAAAUAUUGGGUAGUGGUUUAAAAACACUUUCAGGAAGGCCUUUAAAUAAAUGUGAAAUAAAUUUUAAUUGA